GUAGUAGUUCGGUUGCAUUGACUGGACGUCGCUCAUCAACUUUUUGCUACCAGACGAGCCUUGUGCAACGCUAGUUAGCUAGCAUCAUAACACAUACAUUUCCCAGCUCGUUUGUCACCCUCCCUGCUGCACAUUUGCCAUUUUUUUUGGCAUUCAAACUGGGAUUUGCAGUCGCCAACAAACCAGCAAAUUCCAGAAGUGACGAGGAGACUCCAUUUUUCGUCUGGCCGGACGGACGGAGAGCUAGCUGCUGCUAGGCUAACUCUCUCCCUGCCCAGGUGAACGGGAGCGAAAGCAGGCGACAAGCUUGCGAUAAACUGUCCAUCCGACGAGACUUUCGUUGACUACAAAACACUCCCAGCAUGCUGAUGGUGGGAGGCGAUGGACGGAUGCACUAGAAUGAGUGUGAAGGAGCUGUGUGAGACCGAUGACCUGGCCACCAGUUUGGUGCUGGACCCUCUGCUGGGCUUCAGCACCCACAAAAUGAACAUCAGUCCACCACCAGAGGUCCGGCGCUGGGGGAACCUCAAAGAGACCCUCCUGCGCUUUCAACGUACGCACGACUUCAACGCUACGUUCGAGGCGCUGACGGUCGGCGAGCUCGCCGGUGACUACUUCAACGCUUUGGGAAGCCAUCGACAGGAGCUGCUGAGACAACAUGUGUAUCGCUACCUCAGUGCCUUCCUGUUGGAUAGCGGCGUCAAGAUAGAGUCCUGUGACAGAUACUCAUCAGAGACCAACGGAGCAAAGAUAACCUCCACGAGGCACUGGUUUGCGGGGGAGCGGGUGGAGGUGCUGCUGGGCUGCAUAGCGGAGCUGAGCCCUGCUGACAGCGCCGUGCUGAGGGCGGGAGUCAACGACUUCAGCGUGAUGUAUUCCACACGCAAACGCUGCGCUCAGCUCUGGCUCGGGCCUGCAGCUUUUAUCAACCACGACUGCAAACCAAACUGCAAGUUCGUCCCUGGUGAGAAGAACGGCGCUUGUGUCGAGGUGAUUCGACCCAUCUCCCCCGGGGAGGAGAUCACGUGUUACUAUGGUGCCAGUUUUUUUGGGGAAGGAAACGAAAUGUGUGAAUGCUGCACCUGCGAGAGGAAAGGAGAAGGCCACUUCAAACACAGAGGGAAACAACCUGAAUGUGAAGAAACAAAGGACUCUGUGGGCCAGAAGUACCGUCUGCGAGAGAGAUUUCUUCGUCAUCACAGAGAGAAGGGGCAUCUACCUACCAGGCCGAUAAUACCAGGAUUACACUCAGGUAUCUUUAAAGCCAUCCCCUCGAGGAAUUCCUUUACCCAGCAGAUGAGGAGGAAUGCCUUGAAGAACAGGAAACUGAGUCAAACGCAGCAGUGGAGACGAGAGAAGCACAGACGAUCAGGAAAGCAUCCGUUGAAAUCUUCUACAGCCAAACAGCGUCGGACAGUUCCGCUUUUGUCUCAAGUUACACUGAGGGACCUUAGAAUCAGAGUGAGGCGCCACUCGGUGGAUUUUUUACUCAAUUGUAAGGAUCCAAAGAGCAAAGAAAGGGCCUUGCUGCAUCGACUAGAAGAAGUGGAGCAAAAAGAUAACACACCGAGUGAACUGAAUUCAACCGGUGAAGGAAAUAGCAGCAGUGAAAAAGGGACUGAAGAGGUAAACUUGAAGCCUUUCACUCUAAAUUCCUCCAUGUCGGUCCAUCAGAAAAAUACACGGGCAGUAGCAACUAGCACAGGCCUCAAUGGGAAGUCUGUCAAAGUGUUGGAGGGGCGAACAGUUCACUUGAGGACCUCUUCAAGAACAAGGAGCAUGGUUCAGACCGCGCUCGUACAUCAAGCGGGGUCCAACAGCAACACAGCUAACACUACAACAGUUUGUCACCCUGUCGACUGCGACGAAACCUGCAGUGCAAUAAAACAAGAGAAAAUAGAAAAGGCAAUCACAGAAAGUCAAAGCAGAAACGACAGCGGCGUCGAAUCUUGCACCAUCACCCCGGCUCAAAACCCAGCGGCGGAGGAAGCCGAGCACAAGACCAUCAGAGCUUCGCCCCUGUUCGAAGUUUGUCAGAGUGUCAAAGAUGCAUCUAAGAAAGCUGUGGACAAUCCACUAAUAUCACUGAAGCAAUACCUUACAGUCAGCCUAACAAGGUUAUCAGUGCAACAAAGUUUAGGAGCAGAAAAUACCUCAGAGGACAGGAAAGGAAGAGUGGUGGUAAGAGGAAGGAGCAGGCAGAGCCAGGCCCCGAAACCAGUGACUCCGACAGUACAGCCAGAAAAAAGAGUGUCCAGAUCACAGCAGAGGCAGGCAGAACGGUCGGACAUCUGCACAGCUGAAGGUAACAGAGGGGUGAGGGAAAUGUUUUUCAAGGCCAUAGAUAAAGUAAAUGUGAGGAAGCGACACGCAAGUGAGACGGCGGGUGAUUUAUCACACGGCGAGAAAAAGGGGGAUGAUAAGGUUAUCGAAAUACAAACGGUGUCAGGAGAAAAAACACAGGGGCAGCAGCAGGACAUUGUAAAAGGCCAAAUUGAAGGUCAGAAAGAAAACGCUAUACCUACGGUUACGGAAUGUAAAGUUAACAUGGCUCUGGAAGAAGUGAAAGAGUCCAAAUGUAAAAAUAUGUCCAGUGAAAAAACUGGAGGACAAAAUAACUUGCAGUGUAUUAAAAAUAAAGUAAAGGAUGCAUGUAAGGAGGACGUAGUUGUUCAACGGCCAGAGCGAACGGCAAAGAGCGUGAGUAAACAGCUAGUAAGUAGGCACGAAGAUGUCGUCGUAAAGCAGGCAAAGGAAAAAGUGAAAGAAUCUGAAUGUAAAAUUGUGUCCAGUGAAAAAACUGGAGGACAAAACAACAUGCAGUGUAUUAAAAAUAAAGUAAAUGAUGCAUGUAAAGAGGACGGAGUUCAACUGUCAGGGCAAACGGUUAAGAGUGUGAGUAAACAACCAGUAAGUAGGCUUGACGAAGAUGUCGUCAUAAAGCAGGCGAAGGUUCUGUUGUCUGAUAUUUUAAGAAAAGAUAAACGCUUAAUAGAUAAGAGAUUAGAUAUCGUAGGAGGACGGUUAUCUACCUCUGCUCUUAAAGACGUGCAAAGUCCCGAGGAGGAAGCACAACAGACUGAAAUAAAUGGAGGCAGGUACCAUCGCUCAGUGCAGGGGAGGAUUAUAAGACGAAAGAUGAGGCCCAGAGCAGCGAAAACAAAAGCGGAAGAUAAGCAAAACUCCAAGGGACACUUGAGCGAAGACGCUCCGGCUACUCCUAAGACUGAAACGAGAGAAGAUAGUUCAAAGCGUCAGUCACCACAGAGACAUGAUGACCCACCGGCCGCCUGUCUCAACCCUCUACCUCUUAAGUCACCAAUUUCAGCAAAGGUUAUUACUAAUCUGCAUCCAGACAUCAAUCCACAGGCACACAUACAGUCCAACAUACCUCUGAAGAAACGUACAUUUCGAAGUUCUGUCGAAUUAGACCCUGAACAAGGUUUGAAUUCUGCUUCAGAUCAAGCCUCUAAAGAAGCCCCCGAGUUAAAUUCCUCCACAGACAACAGGCAGGGCAUUACCCAGUGUUCAGGGGAGAGUAGUAAAGUAAAAAAAGAAGGUAAAAGCAGAUAUAGGAGUUCAGAAGUCCAGAGGUUAACCUCCAAAAGGACCACAAAACAAAACGUCUUUCACAGAGUGCUUCGCUCCAGAACUAAUGAAGUUCAGAGAAGCCAUUUAUUGAGGAAAGUUCGAAGGUGUAAAUUAGAGAGGCAAGAUAAGGAUGACGUUGACAAUGCUCAGACACUACAGAGCGAAAAGCUCGCAGGGGACAAAAAAGCUGAGGAUCCUGCUAAAAUCCAGGAGUGUUGUAUCGUAACAACUCGAAGUAAAUCUCAAAAGGAAGAGGAGGUGGAAACGUUACCCCUCCAAGAAAGUGAUUCGGAGGAAACAAAGCCAGACCUUAAUUUUAAGAUCCGCUUCAAGAGGAGGAGAGGGAAAGUCUGGGAGAUGCAUACAGGAGUUGAAAAUAUGGCAUUAAAAACAGAGAAGAGAGAUGAGUUGAUGACCUGUGAUCCUUUUAAAGCCAUCAUGGACUCCGUAUCCAUUUUAAACAUGGAGAUGGAGGCGGCUCAGGCUCACGUGCAGGCAAGUAAGAAGUCAAAGAGCAUGUUGCAUCGUUUGAAAAGAAGAGGCGAGAGGCGGAGUGAAAGUCAACCCACCAAUAUCCCCGCGGAUGCAAAAUCAGAGAAGGACCAAGACGUUGAAAAAGUUGAAAACGGACCUAGUGAAUCUACCGCUGACAAAGUAGAAACGAAAGAGAAGCUCGAUAGGGAGAUUCUAGUCGGAGUCAAGCUGCUGCCGGAAAAACUAGAAAGUCUUAAAAAUGAUGUUGAGACUGUGCCGGCCGUAGUGCAAGAAACAAAAAUUGAAGAUCGUUUUUUAAAGAAUUGCUGCUUGUUUGAAAGUGCGUCACAACAUAAACAGGAGCUCGAAUUGGAUUUUAAUGGUCUUCCAUUACCAGUAAUUAAACUUCGGAGGAAGGCGGAGGAUAUUUGGGAGGUGGACAGCAAGGAGGAAGAGCUCAAACUAGCUGACCUUAAAGUAGAGCCCAACAUUAAGAGAGAGAUAAAGGGUCAAGUUUUAGGGAAACAAAAAGGAUUGCUUGAUUUUAACAAGCUCAAGGAAGAGUGCGUAUCUUCUCAGAGGCUGAACAGCAACUCAGCCCUUCUGAAAACAGAACCGCCACCAUUUUCCUUGUCUCUGUCACCGCUGUCUCUGUCUUCCCCUAUUAAUGACAAUAAAACUGAAGUUAUAUCCUCUGCUGCAAAUAUAACCACUGAAAGGCCAGAGAUGAACAGCGGAGGAAGGAAACAGAGGCACAAAAUGGAGAGGACGCACAAGUGUGGGCCUAUAGAAACACCCACCACUUGUCUUAGUCACACUCUCCAACAAAUUGACAACAGUCUCUCCAGGCUCUCUGAGGGCUUGUGUUCAUCCCAGACUUUGGAAAAACCAGCAGCCUGUUCCAGCACCUCUAAUUCUGUCAUCCAGCCUCCGUCUCAGUCUCCUCCAUUCACAAUUGCAGAUAACAUGCUUGCCGGUGAGCCCAGCUUCACGAACUGUUGCGAUGACCUUCUGGACUUUCAGUGUCUCAACUUUGAGGGGUAUUAUCAGCCACAGAACAUGCUCCCAUCUUCCCCUUCAGAUCUGUGUUCACUAGAUCCGCCCACAGAUCCCUUCAGCAGUCCCCUCUCCCACAGCCCCUCUGAUACGUGGACCACUGAAACGCCGUACCUUGGCCCUCCCAGUCCAGGAAAUAACUUCAGCAGUGAGGAUCUCCAGUUUUUUCCAGGUCUAAUUUCUUCCAAAAGUGACUCUGUUCCUCUGGAAUGUGAAGCGAAGGAUGCCUCCAAAGACAGAAACACACCCAACCCCAGUUACAGUUUCUCAGCUCUCUGCAACCCAGAGUUGACUGCAAAAGAUCGAAUUAUGAGUAAAAAUCCAGGAAUGAGGCUGUCCAAAGAAGACCUCAAAACUCAGCCCUCGUCUCUAGUUGGCAAGCCUCGUUUGUUUGGUGCAACACCAUCUUCUGUUACAUCUCAAACUCCUGUUACUUUACCCCAGUCCCCAAUCAACGUCAAGGCGAGCACCAGCCAGUUCAAAGCCCAGUCUAACCUUAAAAACCACGGGCCCUUCCAUCGUAUGACCAUUCCCAAUAAAUCCCAGCGCCUUUCUGGUUUUCAGCCAAACACAGUCAGAGGAGUGUCCCAGAGUUGCUUGCCCAAAUCCGUCCAGCCGUCUCAAAUGGCUAACAAAUUCUCAUCUCCUCAACUCUUCACUGUGAGAAAUCCCAAUCCUCCCGACAAUCCAUUCAGCUUCCAUGAGAAACCCUCUACAGUUAUUCAUAGGGUGCUUAAGUUUCAAGGGGGGCCCACGAGUCAGAACUUGUAUAGCGCACCUUGUAAGGACACCAUGGCUGCUGGCAGCCCGACCGUCAUGUCCAGAACACUUGGCGCAAAAUCAGGUGCUAUUGAGAAGACGCAACAGAAUCAGAAACUAGGUGUCAAUACAGACAGUCACCAUAAAAGCAACAUCUCUGUUCAAGGGUUCGGAAAGGAUGUUGACCAUCUCGGUCCUUCCAGCACCCCCAACAGGUCCAACCCUCAUUUCAACAAGUCCAACUCUUUCCCUCAGUCCCUUAAUAAAAGUAAGAUGUCAUCUGAGAAACAUGAAAGUGGUGAAAUCAAUAUGACAUACAAAAACUUUUCUGCGCUGCCAAGACCCUUCUUCUUUCCUAGCAAAGUGUCCGAGGGUUAUUCAUCACCACACGACAAGGGUUUGAAACAGGACAAAUCUACUCCGUCAAACUCUCACAAACACCAGCCAUGUUACGCUCAGCAGGACCCUUUUGAUUUCAGCUUUGGCUCGUCUCUUUCGCCCAUGUCUCAGCACAACAGCCCUCAAGUGGUCCACGGUACACCUCCUGCUACGCCAGCACCAGCAAACAAGAGUCAGUCAUCAACCUCCUCAGCCUCUUUACCUUAUGGCUAUCAAGGCCCUCCUUACGUACUGAAUUUCAGUGGAGAUCAUUCGUUGACCCUGGGUCUCAGGGAUGGGGCUGAGGGUUACCCAGGUCUAGGCUCAACAAACUACACCUACCAUUGCCUGAUGGAACCUUCAGGCACCCAAGGGCGGCUGGUUCUUGAGCCCUGUGGACCCCAGCUGUCUAACCCAGCGUCGUUUUCUUUGGGUGGAUUUUCAGGGCUCAAAGGUCAGGACGAACACUGCAGGAAGGACAUGCAGCAACAGUGUCAGCCAGGAGAACACCAAGGCGCCCCACACUAUGGACCUGUUACAUCGUCUCACUCCACAGGUGCCACAAAACCCAAGAGAGUGAGGUUAGUGGUGACAGACGGCACAGUCGACUUAGAUCUCCAGUACUCUGAUUGAUUUCUACCUGCCGAAGUCACUGGAUCCCAGUGCUCAAGACGGAUUAAACAGCAUCUGCCACAAAAUGUUUUUUGUAAACAUUAUAAUUCAUAGUCUACCAGUUAUUAAAGCCCACUGACUGAUUGACCUUUUUUAUAAAUCAUCAUUUUGAUGGACUGUUAAUGUAUAAAUGACUUGUACAGGGUUUUAUGUAAAGCGGGCUCAUCAGCCUAUUAGAAUGAAAUAUCCACUACAAUUUGCUGAGAAGACCAAAUUAAAAAUUCAUAGAGAAAGCAUUUAAUAUAUUUGUGACCACAAGUUUGAAGUUACAGGCCCUGUAAUGAUUGAAAGCCCUCUUACUUGUACUGUAACAUAGCUGUAUGAAUUUUUUCUAUACAAUGUAUGGCAGUAGACACAGGAGCACCAUCAUCGGUUGCUGGUACUUGUAUUGGUGGGUUUUAAAAAGGCAGCUUUGUGCCUCAGUCUUUGAUAUGUUCUUGUGUGACUUUUUGAAGCACCUGUUGAAACAGUCUACCCUCGUUUUUAUACUCACAGUAAGCUCUUUUCUCACUUUGUGUGUGUGUGUGUGUGUGUGUGUGUGUGUUUGCGUGUGUGUGCGUGUAUGUGUGUGUGCAUGCAUUUGGCAGGCAGGUCUCGAGGGAUCAAAGUAGGGUACCAUGUGUUUUUUUGUGCCUGAUCGCGUGACAGUUGCUAUGCCAGAAUUAAGUAAGAUCAUUAGUCGUUAGUGCAUAAAUGAGAGGCUCAUGCAUGAACUGUGUACAGUAAAAUGAUUUCCAGACCUGACACAAUAUAUAUAUCCAUAUAUAUAUAUAUUCUAGGACAACUCUACCGGGUGAAGACAUGCGUGACAUGAAUUGCAGCAUUUCACAGCUGCUCUCUUUAGUUUCUUGUGGAUGAUGUGGGUGGGAGAAACUGCAAUGUGUUGUUUUUUUUCUGGCCAGUAAUGGAUCGAGGGGUAGUACAACAUGAGAUCUUUCUAAUGGGAGUUCUCCCAGUUGCAAGUUAAAGAGAAACAUUUGACCAUUUUACAUCAAAAAAAGUGACAAUCUUUUCACUGAGAAACUCACUUUUAUCAUUUAUUUGUUUGUUUUUUGUUUCCCCCCCCCCCAAGGAGUUGAUGAUUAUUCUACGGGAAGAAGAGAUGGCUAAGUUGUGCAUCACCUACAUGGUUACUGUCUGUUAUUUUUUGUUGUUCGUUGAUGGAGCUACACAUUCAUUAGUUGUUUAUAUUGUAACCAGAGUUAUUUGCUGUUGAUUGUGGAAGUCACAUGAGCAUUCCCUUCACAUCCUUAUGUACUGUAUGUUGAACCCAUUUGACAUCAUUUGGCAGGAGUGUUCAGUGUGACUGCACAGCCUUACAUUACUACCAUGAAAAUGUACUGUCUCGAUAUGGAAAGGCCAAUUAUUUAUUUUAAUAUCCUCAUUCUUGAAAUGGUGCUUUAAUGUAAUUUAUAUUUCACAUUGAUUGUUCAAACUAUUAAAUGUUUUUUAUCAUUUAUUUAAUGGGACAAAAUAUUGAACUGAAUAUUUACAUCGAGUAUUUAAUUUCAAAUCCUUGGACAGCUUAUCCAGUUCAUGUUUUCAGUUGUUACAGGUAAAACUUUGUCUGUUUUUCUAAAUUGGCAGUUAGUCUUACUGAAAGUCUGCUGUAGAAAUGUACAAAUGUAGCCUAUAUCAUUAAAGACACUUAAUUCUU